AGUGUUCUAAGAUUUUUUUCUCAGCUAAACCCCGAACUGGGUUUAGGGAUGAGCACUUCCAAUUUGGUAGCAGAAUCAGUUUGGCGGGCUAUCGGGUCGACCCGCUCAGUGACCGACGAUCAGCUCUCAAUAUUGCAUUUUACAUAUGGGAAAAAUUUCGAGAGAGCUGUGAGGAUAUUUGAUCAAAGGGGUGUGAAGAUGAUUUCUGGGUUGCCCAGUGGCAGAUCCAUUUUCCAGGUAGUAGGAGAGUCAAGGAGGAAGGAGGAAUAUAUGUGCUUUGCAGAACAUUAUUGUGGUUGUUAUUCAUUUUUCUAUGACAUUGUUAACAGAGGGGAAGAGCUUUGUUGUAAGCAUCAACUAGCUGCUAGACUCGCCGCCUCGACCGGAACUUGCAUCGAUGCUAAGGUUUCUGAUGAGGAAUUUGCCUUACUUUUAUCCAAGCUCUGAAAUCUCCAACUAGGGUUAGUGUGUGUGCGCGUGCAUGCUAGGGUUUUUUCGUGUUUCUUUUUUUGGUUCAGAUAAUAGGGUUACUGAUUUUAGAAGAUUGUUAAACUUACAUGUAAGGUUUGUUUUAGGGUGCAUGCGAUGAACUUUAUUAGUUGUAAUUUUAUCGUACUCGUGUAUAUAAAUAGUACAUGUUUUACCCACAUAUAUAUGUUUGUUAUUGUAU